ACACACAUCUUGACCAAGACAAGAGGGCAGCCAUGAUAGUGCCAAAACAUGCUGAAGGUGCCAUGGAAUUUUGUGCUCAAUGUCAGCCAUGUCCCAGAUGUUUUUAAUGGAAUCUUAAAAACACCUUUAGACACCCUGGAAAUGAGGUGGAAAAGCUAGCCAGGAAAUCUACCCUCGACUGACAGUGUGGUACCCUCUGAAAUUGUGGUAAAUAACACGUGCCUCUCCACAGUUUGAGAAGGUAUGGAGUCCAGCCCUCUCUCUCUGUUACUUAUCCUGCUCACAGGUGUCCUAGCAAUCCUGGCAGUGCCUGCGGGGCUGCUGUCCUCAGCAGAGGAGCUGUAUCCCAGCCAGACGCCUCAGGAAUCCAGCUCCAUGCCCCAGCGGAGUCAGCCCCCUGCUUCAUCCCUGGACCCUGUGUCCUGGGACGAGGGGUCCAGCAGUGGGAUCUGGGACACCCGGGCCAUCCGUUCCACUGCAGCCUUUGGCCUGACGGGCUCGUCUCGCACCAGCGACAACUCAGUGCACUCUGCCCAACCCUCCAUAUCCAGCAGGACAGAGGCGAGCAGCUGGGCUCCGUCCGCCGGCUCUGUCAGUGCUGACGCGGAGAGCUCGGGUCGUACCGCCCUUGACCUCAGCUCCGCUCGGCCGGUGACUGAACCGGCACCCAGCACAGGGGUGGUGUGGAGCACAGGGCCUCCCAGCGAGCGAGGUGACACCCCGGAGUCCUUGCACACUCUGCAGACGGCGCCCUUCGAGGAACCACGCCUGGAGGAGCCCACAGACUCCAGCGGGCCAUUCUACACCUCUGAGCUUCACCUCCUCACCUCCUCCUCCUCCGCAUUAGACCGGGCGCCGAGCGAGCCUGCGGGGACAAUGCCCGACGAGCUGGCCCCUCCCCACCCCAUCACACUGCGCGAGGCGCACCCCCCUGAGCGCACCCCGCAGCAGGGGGGAGGGGACGGCACUCCAGAGACACUGCCCUCAGUUACCGCAUCCCCAGCAGCCACCCCUCCCUCCACCUCCCCCAGCUUCAGCUCCACCCCCACAGACUGCAGCACUAUGGCAGAGACGGUUGCCAGCACGCCCGGCACCACUGACGGUGCCGGCGCACCUCCUGCCAACACCACUGAUACACUCAGCUGUGCCACACAUGCCUUCAGCUCAGAGGGCAAUAGCACUCAUUUUCCUACUGUGGAGGGCAAUGCCACUGACCCGGUGGGGUCAGAGGUCAACUCCACAGACCCGUACCCUGGCCCUGACGGCAGCAUGGCGGCAAUGCCCAGAGGGGGCCAGCCCCUGCAGGCGAACGGCUCAUCCACCACCCAGCCUCCCUCCACUGCCACCGGCAACUUCCUCAACCGGCUGGUCCCUGCCGCCACCCGCGGCCCCCGGGGACCCAGCAACCACUCAGGGCCUGCGCUGGACCCUUCACACCCCCAUGCCAGCAUCUGCCUGGGCAAGAUGGACAUCGUGUGGAUCGUGCUAGCCAUCAGCGUGCCCGUCUCCUCCUGCUCUGUGCUCCUGACUGUGUGUUGCAUGAAGAGGAAGAAGAGGGCGUCCAGCCAGGAGAACAACCUGAGCUACUGGAACAACACCAUCACCAUGGACUACUUUAACCGCCACGCUGUGGAGCUUCCCCGGGAGAUCCAGUCCCUGGAGACGGCUGAGGAGCAGGAGACCUGUUUGCCCCCCAAUGGAGACUACCCCGACAGUGGCAUGGUGCUGGUCAACCCUUUCUGCCAAGAGACGCUCUUCAUUAACACAGACAAGGCCUCUGAUAUCUAGACAGACACUGCUGGCUUUUUUUGUGAUGUCAUCAAAAUGAGACAGACUCAAGAAGUCUCUGUUGCUUUCCCUUUUCGCUAUGGUUGUCGACCAUUUUUUAUAUAUGUGGUAAACUUUCAGAGACUGUGCUUUAUAUAUAAAAUAUAUACAUAAAUGAAUAAAAAAUGAAAUAAUGAAACAGAAGCUAUUUACUAUGAGGGUGCGGCAGAAUAUUUUUCUGAUGUACAUUUUCUACGAAUGCAUAAUUGUUAUAAGGGUUUUUAUGUCUUUUUAAAGAAAACAAUGUUUGGUUUUGGUUUUGCUACAGUGGCUUGGUGGUGAGAGUGUAUUUGCAGCCGUUUAAAUUCUGCUGAAGAGAGAAAAUGUAUAAAGUAUAAUCAUUAUAGUGGACUAACCCAAAAUAUUUCUAAAAUUCAAAGCCUGUUGAACUUGAAAUCUGUACUUAAGUACUUGAGCAGAUGUCAAAGUUUAGUGGAGUGGCUAGCUAAUGAUGUUUAGCUGCUGGUGGGACAGUGUUCCUCUAGGCAGAGGGUCAGUGAGGGAGAGCUUUUGUAGAAGAUAGAACAUGCACUACAACACCAGUGCAACACAACCCUGGUCCUCAAGGGCCACAUUGUCAGCAGACUUUGGUCCCUGGCAUGUAUGAAUGGGUCUAGCUUCCCUCCCCAGUUCUGAGAGUCAAAGAGAGCUAGAAAACCCAUGGAAUUACAGCCCUCUAAAAUCUAUGUUCAGUAGCCCUGCUGAAGUGGAGGGACCACUAACACUGAUCCCCAGCUGUAGAUGGAAUUACUGAGAUAUUUCAGUCUGUGGGAUGUUGUGCAGACUGGAUUUCGGAACGGGAUCCUGAAGGGGCCUGUCCCACACAUGUCACCAGCCUGUAGAAUACCAGGGGGACCACAUGUGAAUGCCUCAGUCCCCCCGGUAGAAAAGCCCUUAAAUAAUCAUGUUUUUUCUGUACCAGUCUGUGUUCUGUAGUGUGUACGUUGUUUAUGGUUUAUGUAUUGUGGGUGC